UGACUUGUCCGGAAAAUGAUUUUCGGAGAAGCGAUGUCGCCUCAAGUUAUGAGAAAGAAUCAGAGAAUCAGCUAUCGUAAGAAAACUCCGAGCCGAGAUCAUGGUCGCGGGUCCAUUGUACCUAACGUAGUUGUGAAACCAAAGGUUGUGAAACUAAAAACAACACUCUGAUUUCUGGGAGGGGCUGGUCGGCCGAACCAUCUGACGAGACUGAGGUGGGUUGCUCGUUGUUUCCAAGCAAAAAUGCCUUAAAAAUGGUGUUGUCCACUGAGUUGCUGUACUUUUUUUCCGUGUCAUUCAAUUAUGUUGCUCAACUUUGUCAUUUGGAAAUUUAGCAGGCUGCUAAUGUAGAAUCUCCUAUCCACAUAUAACGGUUAUAUUUGGUGCCUACCUAUCCAGGUACGAAAUAUUUGAGAGUUCCAAUAGUCACAAACAGAAGUCUACGUGGACGCUAGUAGUCGCUACAUACGUCUCACCACUUGCUAUAAAGUUUACCGCGUUUUCUUCAACAUGGAAGAGGGCAGUGACAUCUGGCAACUGUUCGCCAAGGGACUCGGUGGAAAAACAACGAUUAUAAGAAUCCACAAGGAUGCAACUGUUGAUGAAUUGUUCAAGAAGAUCAGUGCGAAGAACAACAUCCCACCUGAGACCCAGCGUAUACUGUACACGACCAAGCAGUUGGAGUAUGGCCAGGGGAAAUAUCUCUCCGACUACCACAUGCACGACGAGGCUACUCUAUUUGUCGUCUUGCGUUUGCCUGGGGGGAGCCAACCUUACAAAAGUCACUUGGGAGACCACUCCAUGAACACCACCAGGGGCAGCGACAACAACGGGGAUAACAACACCAGUGGUAACAACACUAGGGGCAACAGCCCUAGGGAUAACAGCACUGAAGGCAACAACACCGGGGAAAAUAACACCAAACGCAACAACACCGAAGACAACAACACUGGGGCAAACAACACUGAAAGCAACAACAAUGAGAGUAACAGCACUGAAGGCAACACCGAAGGCAGCAUCACUGAAGACAGCAGCAUCCGAACAUCACCUCCGCGGAAGACCCUGGACGAGGAUGUGGAGACCACCGAAGCUCCUGACAUGAUCAGCUGGGAGGAUGACCCCAACACUCCCCGCGCCAAGAUGUCCUGUGGACAUGCCAUCACCCCAGAGACACUCACCACCUACUGCGAAAGUCUCCUCAGUGCUGGGAAGUAUGUCUUCAAGUGCCCCUACAUCAGUCCAACUACAGUGUAUUGUGGGAAGGAGUGGUCCUAUCUGGAGGUUCGUCGCCUCGCUGUCCUCAAUGCAGAUGAAAAGAAGCAGUUUGAGACCAAGAUCUCCGACAACUACCUCCGCAAGGGGAUGGGCAUCCAAGAGUGCCCCAAGUGUCACUCCAUGUGCGAGCGGGUCAACAGGAAAGACAAGCGCGUGGUGUGCCCGCUGUGUUCAGCUAGAGGUGCGAUGGAGUUCCACUUCUGCUGGCACUGCCUGCACGAGUGGGUUGGAAGUGGCAUCGACAAGUGUGGCAAUGACGACUGUAGUGGUGAGGACAAGCGUCUGAAGAUCCUCCGCGAAUGCAAGAAGAAGACCAUCGUGGGCGUGCUUGGCUGUCCCUCCAUCAGGGCCUGCCUACAGUGUGGCAUGCUUAUUGAGCAUGACAGGGCCUGCAAGCACAUGGUCUGUACAUGUGGCCAGAAGUUCUGCUUCAUCUGCCUCAAGCCUGCAGUAGAUGACCAGUACCAGUGCGGCACUUACAACAGCCCAUGUAAGAUCACCGAAGUGCAGACCGCCAUCCCUGGGGACAACUGAGAGUUAGGGGCCUACAAGAUACCAGUAGUCCUAUCAUGAGUUGCCUAAGCAAUGCAGCUUCUCCAGAUCUAGUCUGCUGUUUUGGGUGAAAAAUUGAAAAACAGAGACUAGCCAAAUAUUGGAAGGAGUAGGUGGCUAAAUGGCUUAGCCAGCAUGCUACAUUUUAAUAACAACCAGUUAUGCUCAGCAUACUAUCAAUACAAGCAUGCUAUAGAGUCUAUUAACAAGCAGAUACUGUAAAAUUGUCUUUUAAAUAUAAAUAAUGAGGUGUAUAGGAUCUAUCGAAACAAACCUUUAGAGCAAUUGGGCAAUUACUAGUCAUUUGGGAAGAAUUAUAAGAAACACUGGAGAUCAUUGAAGGGACUGUGGCAUUUACAUGUACCUGCAAUGAUUUGUACUUUGUAGUGUUAGGUGUUCCUCGUGUGUUUUGUUGUGGUGACUUGAAAUUGUUAUCUCUUUUGUGUGUGCUAUCAUUCAAUUGAUGUCAACAAAGAACCAUGUUUUGGACAAAAUAUGCAAAACUUAAAAAGGUUAAUUUUAUCCUUUUAUCCCAGAAUAUGAAGAUUAAACGUAGGACUAUUGAAUAUUAUUUGAUUACUUUAGUGAUGUAGAAAAUGUAUUGUUCAUUCUAACUCAUGUUCUUAGUCAGGUGUUAAGAUACAUGAUGUUGCUUUCUUAUUGUCAUUUUCCAAAGUUAACAGAAUAUGAUGCAAAGGGAAUAGGCAUAAUUGUCCUAUAUCGGUAAUUAUAGUCCUUGCUUGCCACUAAGUGUCACUUCAAAAGAUGGUAAUGAAUGUAUAAUAUUUGGGAGCUUAGCAUUUCUGCAUUGUACCUUUUCUGCUGUCAUUAAAAAUGAUCUGAAAUGG